GUCUUAGACAUGAGGAAGUGCAGUCCCUGGACCUUUCUCCCCGUCAUGCUCUCUUUGUUCACAGCCGCUGGCCUGUGGGUCGUGUAUUUCAUAGCUGUGGAGGAUGAGAAAAUUAUACCCCUUAGUUCAGAAUAUAAGCGAUCAGGAACAAAAUCCCCUCCCUACAUUAGCAUUGCAGGCAAUGCCCCUCCUGCCAGCUGUGUAUUUAGCCAAGUCAUGAACAUGGCAGCUUUUGUGGGGUUCAUCCUUGGUGUGCUUAGAUAUCUGCAGCUGAAGCCAAGGGUGCACAAACCAUGGCUUAACAUUGGUAGUUUGGUGGCACUGUCUUUGGCAUGCUUUGGCAUGACUUUAGUAGGAAACUUCCAGCUGUCCAAUGAUGAAGAACUCCACAACAUUGGCACGUCCAUGACCUUUGGUCUUGGCACUUUGUUCUGUUGGGUGCAGUCAUUCAUGACUCUAAAGGUUAACCUGCGGAAUGAGGGCAGGAGAGUGGGUAUCUUCCGUUUCGUGUUGUCUGGAGCAGUCACUUCCUGCAUGUUGCUCUACUUCGCUCUGAUGGCACAGCGUCUCCACAUGCAUGCUGCCCGUGCUCAGUGGGCACUGGUAAUGUUCUUCCUGACCUACCUGGGCACCUUUGCCAUUGAGUUCCGCCACUACCACUUUGAGAUAGUGUGCAGCGAUGAACAGGAUCCUCCACUUAGCCUGUCGGAGAGCUUCUCAGAGGUGUCAGAGUACCAGUCAGACCAGCUAUAG